AUGGGCAUCAAAGGAAUCUACAAAGAAAUCGGCCCCGGGCAGCGCAUCUCCCUCACCGCCCUCGCCACUUCCCACCUCGAAUCCACCGGCCGUCCCCUCCGUCUCGCAAUCGACAUUUCCAUCUGGCAAUUCCAAAUCCUCGCCGCACGCGGCGGCUCCAACCCAGCCGUGCGCACGCUCUUCUACCGGCUCGUCCGCUUACUCGGGCACACAAUCCAGCCCCUCUUCGUCUUCGAUGGCCCGAACAAGCCCGCCUUCAAGCGCAACAAGCGCUCUUACAGCUACGGCAACUCCCACGGCGUGGCGGACGCCAUGGCCAAGCGGAUGAUUCGGCUGUUUGGGUUUCAGUGCCAUGAUGCGCCUGGUGAAGCCGAGGCGGAGUGCGCGUUACUGCAGAGGGAGGGCGUGGUGGAUGCUGUGCUGAGUGAGGAUGUGGAUACUAUUAUGUUUGGGUGUCGAAGGACGUUGAGGAAUUGGAGCGCUGAGGGGACGAGGAGUUCAAAAACGCCGACGCAUGUGAGUGUGUAUGAUGUUGAUGAGCGAGAAGGUGGAGGAGGGAUAAAUGGGUUGGAUAGAGAAGGGAUGGUGUUGGUUGCGUUGAUGAGCGGGGGCGAUUACUUGCCUGAGGGCGUACCGGGGUGUGGUGUCAAGGUCGCGUGUGAGGCGGCGAGGGCGGGCUUCGGCAAAGAGCUUUGCGGCAUUAGGAGGGCUGACACGGCUGCGCUGGAGAGGUGGAAGGAACGGUUGUCGAGGGAGCUGAGGACGAAUGAGAGUGGGUUCUUCAGGACCAGGCAUAAGGCUUUGGAGAUACCCGAGGGGUUUCCGAGCUUGGAGGUGUUGAGGUAUUAUACCCAUCCCGUGGUGUCGAAGGCUGAGACGGUGCAGAGGUUGAGGAGGCAGUUUCCGGGGAAACAGGAGGUGGAUGUGGAGGGGUUGAGGGUGCUUGUGAGGGAGACGUUUGACUGGGAGUAUCGGACGGGAGCUGUCAAGUUUAUUCGAGUGCUGGCGCCGAGUUUGCUUGUGCAGUUUUUGUUGCAGAGGUCUGAAGACGACGAUGAUACUGAUGAUGUCGAUCGUAAGGAGAAAGAGGAGGCGGUGCUUGUCAAGGGGAUCAAAAGCCGGAGAGCGCAUUUUAGUACUGAUGCGACCCCCGAGUUGAGGAUAUCCUAUGUUCCGAUUGAGAUUGUUCCGGUGGAUCUGGACGCCGAGCCAGAGGAGGAGAAUGAGGGUUUCGGUCGGGGUGGGCUGGCUCUCAACAGCGACGAUGAGUUCGAUGCCGAGGAUGAACCGCCAAGUAGCACACAAGGUGGAAGCAGCGCAAAGCCGUUUGACCCUUUGAAGCCGGAUCUUGCCUGGAUCCCGGAAACAGUUGCUAAACUGGGUAUUCCUCUGACAGUGGAGAUCUGGGAGGAGAGGCAACGGGCAAAGGAGUUGAAGGCUGCGAACAAAGGGACAAGAAAAGCACGAACGACGAAACAAACGGGAGGAAUGCCGGCGGGAGCACUGGACAAGUACGUCAAAGUUGCGAAGGGACCGGCCAUUGCUGAAACCGCCAAGUUGACGGACGAUUGGUUAUCAUUGGAUUUAUCACCUCCCAGGUCAUCAUACGUUCCUUUGGCAAGUCAGCAACCUUCUCAGCUUCCGCCAGAGCGUUUCGAUACAACAACAAUUACCUCCCGAACGACGACCACAGCAAGCAAAGGUAUUACUACAAAGGCAUCUUCCUCCCGGACUACUAGCAAAAAGACAGCAGCUUCAUUGCGACGACCAGCAGGCAAUCCUUGGUCAUUUGCCGGCUCACAAGCAAGCACCAGGAUCACGAAGAAUAUCACGUCUUCUCAGCCAGCGGGCAAAUCAAGUCUUUUCGACCAAGAACCUAUCCUAAUUUCGUCCAGUCCAACUGUUACCGGAAAGAGGUUACCAAAUUCACCACUGGAGAGCAAUAGAACAACCUCACCAGAUCCAUUUGCCAGUAGUCCGCCGCCGCCGAGUGUUCGGUGGAAGGAAAGGCUACCAGCAACAAGAACAACGUCAGAUCCCACGCGGUACCCUUCUCAACGGUCCAUUCGUGAUGAGGAACCAUCAAGGUUGCGAUCUCAAUCAGCGUUGGCAAGUUCACAGAGGAAGGCACCAGCGUUUGGCAAAGACAAGACACCGACCAAGCAAAAGUCAAUCUUGGAUUUUGGAUAUCCUUCCACCAGGGAGCAAGCUGGGUCGAGAGUAUUUGGCAGGACACAGAGCGCGGUCUUGCCUUCAACUACGAGUAGGACGUUCGACCCGCUAUCGGAUGACGACGAUGAGUUUGAGAGGACGAUGCUUGCAUCACUGAAGAGUAGUAGGUCAAAGGCUUUUGAUCCGAUACCAUCUUUCCGGACAGGCACUUCCUCGUCAUCCUCGCUGUUUCUCCGGAAGGAACAGACGAACAGCCACCUGGAUGGGACCGACGAAGAUGACGAACUCGAGAGAGCGAUUCAGGCGUCGGUAAAGGAUAUCCGACCAACGAGUUCAGCACCUGUUGCUUCCUCUCGAACCAAAGCCCGCUCUCCCUUGUUUCAGAGAGGAAAGGUUGGCCUUGGGGCUCUCGAUGAGGAAGACGAUUCGGAUAACGACGAUUCCAAGAAGGGAGCUUGCGCGAGAGAAGAGAUCUUCGCCGGCUCUAAGAUCAUCACUAGCACCGACGCCAAGAACAUUCCAACGAGCAGAGAGCACUAG